AUGAGCUUGGAAAAAUUUGACGACUAUGGCUCGACUGACCAAAGCAAAGAAAGACCAUCAACAUAUGCUUAUGACCACACCAUUUUAUCAAUGAGUAUUGAUUAUACAACUGGAGCAGCAAAUUAUACAAAGUUCGAUAUGGAAGUAGUCGAAGAGGAUCCUGAACUAAAAAAUCUGAUUUUACAUUCAGAGACCACACAGGAAGAUAUUUCUUCUGAACGUCAAACACCUAUUCUUCAACAAAUUAUAGAACUACAGAAUGAUCAAGUAGGGGACCUCGCAGUAGAUAAAACACAGGACGACAUUUCUGUAUCAGAAUGCAGGACGCCUCCAUUUUCUCCUCCAUCAAAGUCCGCUGCUCAACAUAACACCAUGUCAAUUCCUAAGAUCUCAGAUUUCGCAGUAUUUGGUCAGAAACUCUUAAAAAGCAUUGCUAAUGCACCCAUACUACAACGUCCAAAAAAGCAGUCCAAGGAAAGUAUUGUAGAAGUAAAGACUCAACCAUCAGCAGCCACUCAAACAGAAGUAUCACCGAUGCGGAUACCAAGUCCAAUUCCCAAUAAAACGGUAUCGCCAGAGAAACUCGCCACAGCAAACGACAUAUCUAUACGACAGGAAUGUUCGCCUAAAGUUCCUUUAGCCUUUGCUAUAAUGGCAGGUGAAGUAUCCGUAGAAAUUCCAGAGUUAGAUGAAUACGGUUAUCCUCACCUGAAGGCCGUAAGAGAAGACGAUGAUGACGAUUCCGAUUCCGAUGACUCUGAUUGA